GACGGCGGACGUCUUGUUGCUUUCACCGCAGUAAGCUGCUGUUUUUAAAACAUUGUUAGGCUGAAAGUUAACGGCAUUCUUCUGUCGAGAGACCCAGUGACUGAAAAGAUCCAGUGGAGCAAGCUGUCAUCUCUAAAUAUCCCUCAAAUAAAUAAAAUUGAAUUGAAAACAUGGCCGAGAAACACCAGACUUUUAGCAGCCAAGCGAGAGUGAAGGAGGAAAGCCGUUUUGAUCUCCCGGUCGGACAUUUGCAUCAUUUCACCGUGAUGUUCAGUUCUUCUGACUCUAAUGAAUACGCUAUUGACUGCGAUCAACCUCGCACCGUUCUGGAGGUGAUACAAUCAACUGAGCAGUACUGGAAGAAGAUGAAGACGUGUCCAGAUGAAAAUAUUGUGAUUCAGCUGGGUAAAGAUGAUAAGGAGUAUACUGUUGCAACACAUUUCCCUUGUUCUUGUAUUGGGGAAGGUGAGUUUCUGUUCAUAUCAUUCAAACCAGAAAAGGUUGAAGUGGCCCAAGACCAACUUUACAGACCAAUACAGUCACGGGACAAGUAUUCUGUCUUUUACAUUGACAAAGAGGGAGGAAAAAACACCAAACAAAAGAACCUUUUCAGAAACAGUGCUGUCAAAGAGUUUAAGUAUCUGUGUGUCUAUGGGGAGAAGGGGAUGACUGUCAAAGAGGCUCUGAAAAGAGACGGUCGCUUCAUUGAUCAACUGGGCGACUUCACUCUGACUGACAAUAAAAAUCCGAAAUGCACCACCGAACAAAUACAGAAGGUCGACAACCUGGAUAAUAAAAAAUUCAAGAUAUGUCUUCCACGGAACAAGAGAGCAAAUGAUAGCUCGCGUUCAUCAAAUAAUUCACCACAGAGGUCUGACACAACGCCAGCUGUAGAUGAAGCACAGCAGAGAAAAAUCAGAGCAGUGGUGGAAAAGAGAGGAGUCAGUGUCAGAGCAGUGAUGGAAAAGAGUGGCAACAUUGUCGACCAAGAGGAGAUUUAUGAAAUACUGCGUCGCCAGUUUCCAGAUCUCAAAACAUUUAUGGAGAGUAGAUUCCCUGGUGAUUCUUUUCAGAAAGCACUGAAACUGAGGAAGGAAAACUUUGGGAAGAUUGAACAGUCAUUCAGUGAAGUUCACAGAGUCAGGAAGCUGCUGAAACUGGGCGAGUCAGUUUGCAAAGUGGUUGUUGGGGAUAUUAGUCAGGGAACAGGCUUUGUGCUGUUUGACAACUUCAUCUUGACCAACGCACACCUAUUCAGAGGUUGUGUAGAAGGACAAAAGUUGAAGGAGGAUGUAGAUGUGUUUGCUCUCUUUAACCAUGAAGAUCCUGAGCCGCACAUAAAUGACUACUACUUCAAAGUGGCUCACCUUGGCAUCUGCUGCACUGAGGGUGGUCUCGAUUAUGCCGUACUUGAACUCAAUCCUGAGAGCCAGAAAUCAAACCACUCAACACAAACAAAGAAAAUGAAGGUGCCACCAGGACUCCUGAAGAUUUUUGGUCCAAUGCCUCGGGAUGGUGAAGCCUGUAUUAUUGGUCACCCAGCUGGAGGAGUGAAAAAAAUGGAUCCUACAUUUAUCAUUGAGAAAGAGAAGAGGGUUCAGGCUGUCCGUGAUCAUUUACAUCCAUACACAGACAAUCCUUUCAUUGUCUGCUUAAGGGAUCACCUUAUUAAAGAGCAAGGGAUUGAAAAUAUAAUGAUGGGUGGAAAAACAGCAGACAAAGUAGGGACCUACAACACUUUCAUGUAUCACGGCUCUUCUGGCUCCCCAGUGUUUGAUGCUCGUGGUCGAGUCUUUGGUUUGCACACCAAUGGAUAUCCUUAUGAGUUCCAAAACCACAAAAAAGAGUGUGAUAGAGUUCGCCCAAUCUCUGCUUCCUAUAUUUGAACACUUUGUGAGUACGCUGAAGGAAAGACGACAGGAGAAGCUGUUGGAGAGAGUUGAGAAAGAGGUGAAGGGAAACUCAGACCUAGAAAAGCUCCUUAAGUCUGAGGUUGAGCUGAAGGAAAGCAGACAGAUACACAAGGAUGAGACAGCAGACCCUGAGGAGCUCCUGGACUACAUUGAGUCAAUGGAUACUAAUUAAGUGUUCAGAUGUUCAUAUCACAUCUGGCUGCAUAGGUUAUUUUGUAGUUCAUACAAUCUUUGUCCUCCCAGUGACCAAAUGAUCAACCAUCUCGCUAAAUUCAAAUUUGUCCAAAACAAAAUGUAGGGAAAGGUUGGGCUAGGGAGUUUGGUAUUGUUACUGAUUUAACUUUUAGUUUUUUUUUCUUCACUUAUUGUUGCUUUUAUAACAUUAGUAAUGUAUUUGGGCACAGCGGUGGAGCAGUGGUUAGCACCAUCCCCUAAUUGUUGACUGUAAAUUGCCCGUAAGUGUCAAUGUGAGCGUGAAUGGUUUUCGGCCUCUAGAACCGUUUCAACAUUUGAACUCCAGACAAUGUUUGAGCAAUCAGUUCCAGACUUUGUCUGGAGUUUCCCUUUCUCACAUGUAGCCGUGUCAGACGCAUUCAAACUUAAUAUAAAUACUCUGUUUGGGUUUAGGCAAGGGAUGGUGCCUGGAUAGAAUGAGAAGGAUGCAGAUUAGACCACAGUCACAGUACUCCGGUUUCUAAUUUGGUCAUAAACAACGGAGUCUCUUGCCAUUCCUUGAAUAUGUCCAAUGAUAUUGGCGUUAGUCCAUACCGACAGAAAGUGCUGAAUCUCAUCUUUUCUCAGAGACAUUUUCGUUUCCGUCUUUGUGUAAAUCCCCCUUGUGCUUCACCCUCAGAUGUUUGCUUUCUUCCAGGUUUUUUAGCGAGUCGAUAGAAUCAUCAGUGUUAAUUCUUA